AUGUCAUCUGGAUCUCCUGACGUUAUUUCGUCUGCUGCCAAUAGCGGCGUACUUACGAGCACCGGACAGAAACCUUCCUCAAGAAAUGUGGGCUAUUGGGGCGAUAUAAGACCGAGCGUGCAAAGCAUGUGGGAAGAGGUGCAGGGCCGAACAACUUUGUUUUUAGGAUCGGCCUUGUCAUCUUUCAAGCCAACUUGUCUCCCUGCGUGGGAUAAGUUUGUUGAGCUCCUCUGCACUUCAAUUCUGGACCAGGCCACUACAGAUGUUUCCUCACAUGAUGUGAGUGUUCUAAGGGAGAUCAUCCUCAGACCAUUGAAUGUUGCGAAUUAUCACAUCACUGAACUCAUAGCCCGUCGACUUGGUGACGAAUACAUAGGUGUUCUUAAAGCUUUCACCGCGAGAAGGGAAAGCUGCAGUUUCUGUCAUUGUAACGUCAAUCGAGCACAUCUUUGGGCUGCAGAAAGGCUGCAGAAAGGCGAAGUAUCGGUAAUUGUAACAACCGAUUUUGAUAAUUGUCUGGAAAAGGCGUUGGAAGUGCUUGAAGCGAGUCAAUACGAAUUUACUGGAAGGGAACAUCAUUCUACUUUGGUAAUCGUGGUCAACGGUCGCGGACCAUCUCGAUUUGCAGUGUCAUUGAUGGCACAAAUGAACAGGAGAAAGGUGACAUUCCUUUUUAAGAUCCACGGUUCACAAUAUCGACCAGAAACUCGUAUUGAUACCCGGCUCCAGCGCGAACAGAGCUUGCCUUCUCAUACUGUUCGCAUCAUGGAAACAUUACUGAGACACACUGUCAUGUUUGUGGCCUGUUACAGUUGGUCAGAUAUGGAAGAAAACUUGGAUUACCUCUGCAUGGAUCGAAAUAGAGACAAUUCGCGUAUCAUAUGGCUCCAGAGAGAUAGCGCAAAUAUCACCAGUGCAGUAAGAAAGCUUUUUGCUCGAUUCAACGAUAACACCAGCAGUUCUGGCGGGAGGUUCUGUCUUAUGGAGGGGUCUAUUUGUUUGGACAUCCCUCGGGACGGCUUUGGACAAUUCGAACAAGCAAUAAGGCAAUGGGCAAAUGGUAUUGGGCCUUCAUGUGGCAUCCGUUCCGUUGAGGAGAAGGCAUUGAGUGUAGUGGCCGAUAACACCGAUGCUAGACAAGAUUGGAACGCUAUUAUGUGUUCUACGAACCUUGAUAGAUACACGGACCAGGCUACCAAGGCUAAGCUCCGAUUGCCCUCACAAGAAGUUAAUGGCCUCCCUCCUGGAGCAAUUCCGGCUUCGGUUAGAGGUUCUGUUAAAGAACAGAGUCCAGGAAAUGUUUUCGAAAGCGCCACACACUCAGGGCUGGGUUAUAGAUGCUCUUUAUGGCGUUGUAUUAUAGUCGGCAACGAGAAGGUCGCUUCACUGGAGGCCCUACGGCACGCAUUCAAUAUUGCCUGGCUUGUAGGCGACCGAGGUGCACAAGAUGCCCUGGGUAAUAUCAUACGGUUCAUUGAAAAGCAGAGUCUCGACACAGUACAAGCAGGCGACACCAAUGUUAACGAUCAAUCUCCACUAGACCUCCCGGCAGAAAAUGUGGCAUUUAUAGAUUUAGACAACGUUAGCAUGGAAAUUAACAAGUACGAUGUCCCACCUGAAAAAUUUAUCCGCGCACUGCUGCAUCGAGCAAUCUUAUUUACUGACGCCAUCGCUCUUACGCCAAACGUCUUGACUAAUUCGCGUGUUUUCAUACAUGAAGUCCUGUUCCAUGGUGGAAGCAACAAGCCGGACAAAUUUUAUCUUCAAUUUUUGAGGCCGCUUCUCCCAAGGGUGUAUGAGGGGAAACCACGUGCGCUGACAGCUUUCCGCAACGAUUGUUUGCAUAAGCCAGAGUAUGUGAAAGAGAAUGUGGCUUGGGAGAAGAUCUCGGUACUAGAGGACUAUUUUGAAAAGGAAAAUAAAUAUGAAUACUAUGACGGGAAUCAAAUUGGCACGCGGUAUGGGUCAUAUAUUGAAAGGGAGGUGAGCAAUGACUUUAAGCAACAGACCAAGAAGCAUCUGAUGGAACACUUCGAUUCUUCCCUUCUUGAAACAUCCGACCAUAGUGCAUACCGCGAUAAUGCUGAAGAGAUUGCGGAUAAACUGUUAAACACUUUACCAACGUACCUGGAACACGUCCAGCCUGUGACGAGGUCCAAACUAUACAGAUUUGGCGAUCUAUCCGAGCAGGCUUCAGAUGAAGAUAUCAGAAAUCUUAUGAAGCCAGGAGAGUCGGGUAAUAUUCAGCCACUGCCCACAGCUGACGAGGAAGCCUUUCUUCGAAAUCGUCAUGACAUUAUCUCUAAACCAUGGCUUUCUGCCCGGUUCUGCCACGAGAUGUUUCACCCUCCGUAUAAUGCGAAUAUACCAUUCGAGAAAGUCAUUGAGUCUAAUGAAAGUACAAGUGUCUUUUUCGUGCCAAAUGAGCUUGGCUCCUGGAUGUUUGCUGCCACAGUUUCCAGUCGACGGUUGACGAAGAUAAUACAAAACGAUGCUCUGCUUUAG